AUGGUUCUGCCUCUGAGAAAAGAAGAUCAUGGCGUCCAUGGUGGUCAUGGAUAUGGAGAGAAGAACGAUGAUGGCCAGCAUCUCCUCGAUUAUGCAGAAAAUCAUGAUAUAAUCAUCACAAACACUUUGUUCAAAAUAUGUGAAACUCAUCUAAUCAUGUACUACAAUGGAUCAAACGCAUCUCAGAUUGACUAUUUCCUAUUAAAACGUCAGAACCUUAAAAUUAUGUUAGACACGAAAGUUGUUCCAUAUGAAACCGUCACAAUGCAACACCGAUCAGUCAUCUGUAAUCUUAGAAUAAACCCACCAUGUCCUGGGUACUCUGCCAGGAAUGGACCAUAA